AUGGCUCAAGACGCCAAGAUCAUCUUCUACACCAACCGCCAAUGCCCUUAUGCUCACCGGGUUCAUAUCACUUUAUCCGAGCUGGGAAUUCCUUUUGAGGAGAAGCAAAUUGACCUCGAGGUUCCAAGAACAGAGGCUUACUUGAAGAUCAACCCACGCGGCAAGGUCCCAGCUCUGAGCUACAAUGGCACCAUCAUCACCGAGUCUGCCAUCAUCGCCAAGUUCCUCGCGGAUGCGUACCCUUCACACCUUGUGCCGCCAUCUAACUCUGUAGACGGUGCUCUCCGCCGCGCUCGAAUCGAAUUCUUUGCCGAUACCUAUGCCAACAAUGUGCUGGGACUGCUUUACAAAGGCAUCUCAGCAAAAACGGAUGCUGAAGCUGACAAGAUUGGCCAAACUUUGGUCGAAAACAUUGUCAAGGAGGUUGAGCCAGAGUUGAACGACGCUGCGCCGUAUUUUGGAGGGAGUGACAAGAUCACUCUGGCAGAGGUUUUGGUAGCCUCCUUUGUCAUCCGUCUGUUGUCAUUGGGCAAAAGUGGAAUUCUAUUCAAGGAAGCACUCAGCGGGUUGGAGGCCAAGGCUCCGAACUUUGCGAAGUGGGCAGCUGUUCUGCAAAAGACGCCCAACAUUAUUGACAUCUUUGAUGAGAACGUCUGGACAACGAAGAUUUCUGAGAGAAUUUCUGCUGCCCGGGCUUGA